AUGAAUGUGUCAACAGUACAGUCCGCUGUUGAGCCUGUGGUCGCUCUCGAAGAACGAACGAUGACAGAUAACAAUUCGAAUUCUUACAUAAUUGAACAACUUACAUUUAUUCAAUCUAGUAAUCAAGAUAUUAAAUCAAUCGAUAAUGAUGAAAAUUUUGUUGCCGAUGCUGAAAUUUCAAAGUACGACGAGAAUUAUGUACAUACAAUCGAAAAUGGCAGUAGUACCGUUAUCUCAGAUUCUGCAAAGCUUCCGAUUACCAAACAAGAAAGGAAAAGUUAUCAACUUCGAGCUUUGACUCGAAAAACACUUUCUUACCAAAAGCGACAAAUGUUUACCAAUAUCUGUUGUAUUACUUUAUGUCCUUUCUUGAUGGUUGCUAUUGCUGGUAUCAUGGGAAUAGUCGUCCAACAUUUAAUCAGUCAUUCAUCUCCUAUUGAUGAAUUUGUAUAUUGCUCUAAUGCCAAUGCUUCAUCUCCACUUGGUAUACCAUUAACGCAGGAUUCUUCUGAUAUCCCAACACUCCCUUCAAAUCAAGUACCACAUUCGUCAGGCGAAACAAAAUUAGUAAAGUUGGUUAACUAUUUCAUCGCACCAUCCAGUAUUUCGAAAUAUUACGUUGUGGGAAGUGGUCCUCGGAGUUGUGUAUUUGUGAUUGGUCACGAUUAUCCUGCUGUUUUGCCUUACCAGCCUCCUGUUGCUCAAAGCACGAUUAAUUCUACUAGACGCGAUACAACUUUUCUACCGGAUCCUCCCAACUAUCCUUGGCUAAGCAAUUUAUCAUUCAGCUACUCUCCGUCAUUAUCUUACUUCAGUCAGAUACAAACUUACCCAUGGUCUAACGUUCGUGAAGCCCAAGGUGUAAAUGUUGGUCUAAAACCUCCACAUUCUCCUGUUCCUUCUAUUGCUAAUUUUAGUAGCCCAAAUCAAACUUAUCCCGGUGAUUUUGGCAUUUUAGGCAACAUUAACACAAAUUAUUAUGUUAACUUUACUAUAAGUGGUUCAUCUUUUCAAGCUCAGAACUUCAUACCGGUUCCAUUUUUUCAAAAGCCAAUUGAAAGUAACGCGUACUCUAGUAUUGAUCAGCUAGAUAAUGCAUACGAUGAUUUAUUAAGUGAUAGUAUUCAUGAUGUGAUCAACGCAUUAGCUAACGUAACUAAAGUUCCAAUAAAGGAUCAAAAUCAGACAAGUUCCAAACUAUUAAAUUAUAAUGUUAAAGUUGCGGAAAUAAUAACAAAAAUGCCUUGGGGAAAUAUAUUAUUUGAUUCAGCAAACAAUUUUUCUAAACAAUGGAGUUAUACUUUACAAACUGGCUCGGAUUUUCGAAUUUCUGCUGCUGCUUCUUUUCCAUCUCAAGGUUUGAGAAGAAUAGCUCAACAAAGUGAUUUAAGUAAUGGUAUUAUACGAACUGUCAAUGGUACUAAUGGUGGCGGUCCUACUGCUGUUGGUAUUACUCCAAUGUAUCGUGUAAUGCCACAAGUGGUGUCCACUAAUGUCAAGGUCCCAGUUGGAUCUUUAAUCGGUGGAAUUUUAUAUCCGUUUGGUGUCUCAUUCCUUUUACCAAUUUUCGUGAUUACCUUAGUGAAAGAAAAAGAGGAUAAAAUACUAGUUAUGAUGAAGAUGAAUGGGUUAAAGACUUCUACUUAUUAUCUUACUCAUUAUAUACAUUUCUAUGCUGAGCAUAUUGUUACUACGUUGGUGUUUGUAAUCACUGGGUUAAUUUUCAAAAUGGAAAUAUUUACAAAAACUGGUAUAAGUGUUUAUGUUAUUUUAUUUUUUGUAUGGGGUCAUGUUGAAAUUGCUUUAGCAUUUCUCUUUUCUUGUUUUUUUUCGAAAGCAAGAAUUGCUUUGGUUGUUACUUUCUUAAUUGUUUUAUGUGGAAUUAUUGUUAGUUUUGUUGCAGAAACUUUAUAUAAUGAUCUUGAAUCCGCGCCGUUAGCAUAUUUUUUAUGGCCUCCUUUCGCGUUUUAUAGAUGUCUUAAUUUGAUUAAUACUGCAAGUGUUAGUACGGCUAUUCCACCAUAUAGAUUAAGUAAUUUGAUUGUAGGAAAUGAGGUUUUUAAUGGAAUAAUAUUUAUGGUGGUUGAAUAUUUCAUCUUGAUGGUUUUAACAUUUUAUUUGACUAAUGUUUUACCCAGUGAAUAUGGCAUUGUUAAACCCUGGUAUUUCAUAUUUACCGAACCAUAUAAUAUGAUUAAAAAACAUAAAAAAAAAGAGGAAAAUGGAGAUAUUAUUGAACUUGAAAAAGGAACAGUAGAAAUUGAUCCAGAUGAAGUAAAACUUGAAGAUGAUGAUGUUAAAGAAGAGAGAAAGAGAGUUCUUGGAAAUAAUUAUGACCCAGAUUCUCCAUUAGUUAUGAAACAUAUGAGAAAAGUUUAUCCAAAUGGAAAAUUGGCAGUUAAAGAUGUUACCUUUGCUGUUGAUAGGAAUGUUAUUUUUGGACUUUUAGGACCUAAUGGUGCAGGAAAAACAACGUUAAUUAGUAUUUUAACCGGAUUAUAUCCGCCGACUUCUGGUUCUGCAACAAUAAAUAACCUUGACAUUCUUACUAAUAUGCGAGAAGUUUAUAUGUCUAUUGGUGUAUGCCCUCAACAUGAUAUUUUAUGGGAUGAUUUAACAGUUGGUGAGCAUUUGUUAUUUUACGCUCGUCUGAAAGGCAUUCCAGCCGAACAAGAACAAGCUGUCAUAUUACAAGCUCUCCAACAAGUUCGUCUCGAAGCAUUCAGAAACCGUCUUUCCAAGGGCCUUUCUGGUGGUGAAAAGCGCCGUCUUUCAAUUGCUAUUUCCUUAAUAGGUAGUCCUGCUGUGAUAUUUCUUGAUGAACCAACCACAGGAUUGGAUCCAGAAGUUAGAAGGUUGAUUUGGAACAUUAUCAAUGAUGCAAAAAAAGGUAGAACUAUCGUAUUAACCACACAUAGCAUGGAGGAAGCUGAAAUUCUAUGUAAUAGUAUUGGAAUUAUGGCACAAGGAACUUUAAGAUGCUUGGGACCACAAUUAAGAUUGAAAGAGGUUUAUGGAAAUGGAUUCAAGUUGAGUUUCUCAUGUCAGGCUAAAAAUGUUGAUAUUGCUACACAAUUUAUCGAAUCAUUAUUACCUCCAACCGCAAAAAAAUUAGACUCAUUUGUUACAAAUGUGUCAUAUGAAUUUAAAACUGAAAAUGGGCUAAUCGUUAAAUUAUUUAGGGAAAUUGAAGCUCAUAAAAGUGAAAAUGGAAUAGAUGAUUGGGGAUUAAAUCAAACUACUUUAGAAGAAGUUUUCUUAAAAAUUAUUAGUGAAACGGAUGCAGAAGCUUGA